GUUUCAGUCCAUGUGACAACAGUAAUUUAAAACCUGAGCAGGGAGAAAUGCGUCAUUUGAUAAACCCUAAAUGUUGUCUUUAAAUAUCUCUUCUCUUCCAUUUCGUUUUCCUCAUUUUCAGGAGUUUUCACUCUGGGCGACCUACUCAGGUCACCGUCUUGAGCUUCUAACAUGGCAGAUGGAUCACACCAUCCAUCAGUAUUUCAGAAAAUUCAGGGACAGUCCUACUUCGUUUCCAAGCUGUCCCCCAGUUUGCACACCCGUAAUUAUAAUGUGACUGGUUAUGUUAAUGGAGGUUUGCAGAAUUCUUUGCUGCCAACAAGACAGGGCAAUGGCUUGGCACUUGCACCUCUUUCUCCCAUACAUGUACAAGCUCCAUCAGAGAAAGGAGCCUAUGGUUUUCUGGUGGAUUUUCUUAUGGGAGGAGUUUCUGCUGCUGUUUCCAAGACCGCAGCUGCUCCAAUUGAGCGUGUUAAGCUUUUGAUCCAGAAUCAGGAUGAAAUGAUUAAGGCUGGUAGACUGUCUGAACCAUACAAGGGAAUUUCUGAUUGCUUUGCCAGAACUAUGAAGGAUGAAGGUGUCAUUGCUCUAUGGAGAGGAAACACAGCUAAUGUUAUCAGAUACUUCCCUACCCAGGCCCUGAACUUUGCAUUCAAGGAUUACUUCAAGAGACUGUUUAACUUCAAGAAAGACAGAGAUGGCUACUGGAAAUGGUUUGCUGGGAACUUGGCAUCUGGUGGAGCUGCUGGUGCUUCAUCACUUCUCUUUGUUUACUCUCUUGACUAUGCUAGAACUCGUCUGGCUAAUGAUGCUAAGGCGGCUAAGAAGGGUGGUGAGAGGCAGUUUAAUGGUUUGAUCGACGUCUACAAGAAGACAAUCAAGUCUGAUGGCGUUGCAGGGCUCUAUCGUGGAUUCAACAUCUCUUGUGUUGGGAUUAUAGUGUACCGUGGACUCUACUUUGGAAUGUAUGACUCUUUGAAACCUGUGGUACUAGUCGGAGGGUUGCAGGAUAGUUUCUUCGCUAGCUUUUUACUGGGAUGGGGAAUCACAAUUGGAGCUGGUUUGGCUUCAUACCCCAUUGAUACAGUGCGAAGAAGAAUGAUGAUGACCUCCGGAGAAGCUGUCAAGUACAAGAGCUCUCUGGAUGCGUUUAGUCAGAUUUUGAAGAAUGAAGGUGCUAAAUCACUCUUCAAGGGUGCUGGUGCAAACAUCCUGCGUGCUGUUGCUGGUGCUGGUGUGCUUGCUGGUUAUGACAAGCUGCAGGUCAUUGUUUUUGGCAAGAAAUACGGAUCAGGCGGUGGUGGUUAAUAUAUUUACGCAGGUUGGGGAUGGUGCUCUUCUCAAGUUUGAAUAAUUUUGGAUGAGCAAAUAGUGUUUUUUUAUGUUUCCCAUUAUUAGGGAUUUGACAUAAAGAGAAUGUUAUAGUCAUCAAAGAACUAUUUGAAUUUGAAGUGUUUUUGUGCUUGAGCUCUAGACCGUAGUUUUCAGUUCUUUUGUUGAGAAUAAUCAAACAAAUUUCUUUUGCAAUUA